CACCACGCACGGUUACAAUGUGGGCGUGCUCAUAGCUCUAGUUUCCACCAGCUAAAUAAACUACCAGUACAUAUGCAAGUCAGUUUUAUUCACAGAGGCACUGUUUGGAAACGCGGUGAGUCCUGUCGCUAGCUGCGGAAUUAAAUAACUGGAUACGUUGCUGGAUAGCUUAAAAGGGCGUUCUACUACGAUACAUUUACUGACUACAAAGGACACCACAUGGAAACUCACACCACCAGUGCUAAGGUGCUUCUCAACCAUGCUACGAUAUUGAAUCUGCACACGGGAAAUCUAGUAAACCGUAGCCGUCUCAAGAAAAAAUGUCCGUCUUCACCUAGUGAAGAGGUAAGACUGACCAUUGGACUCUGUCAUAACUGGCUAGCUAAUGUAAGACGUUUGAAAAGAGUGCAUCAUGGCUGGUCAGCUAACUGGCUAGAUAAUGUUGUAACGUUAGCUUGAAAAACUGGCCUCGGCGAGUUAGCUAGCUCAACAACCAUGCGUUGUCUUUCCUAUAUCCAUCCCCAUUACGUCAUUAGAAAACAUCACGCUAGCGCUAUGUAGUCUGACAUUUAUGGCUACAUUGCAAGCCCUGUCAGAGUCAGGAUUCACCUGAGAAUGAGAUUCAAAGAUGCAUGAGGACAUUUUAAAUUAAGAAAGCCAGGACUUGUCUUGACUUGUCAUGUGUAAAUUAAAGAAGGCCAGCCUUAAUUCGGCAUGGAGGACAAUCAUAAAACGAUUGCCAGCAGUGUACAAAAUAAUCCUAUACUUUCCAUCUCUGGCAAUCUUUCAUAGCAUAAUUGAGUUAUCUGUAGGUAUCAUUGAAAGCCCUACCUAGUUACCACGGGUGUUGUUUAUAGCAACCCUGUUAACACUUCUAUUCAUUUACAGUCCACUCUUUCUACAUUUUCCCCCAUUACAGAUUCAAGACUGUGUUCGAGCCACACUUAGUGAGUGGUUUGCCACGAUACCACCACCAACUUUACCAAAGGUGAGACAGUGUUUCCUCUAUUUAUUUAUCUAUAGUGGCUUUAAAUGAAUGGGCUGAAGCACGGGUUGCCUAUCUGCAUUUAACCUGUUGGACUAAUCAUUAGCUAGAUCCCAAAUGUGGUCUUUUAACUAGUUAGCAUCCUAUUGAUGAAUUUUAAAAACGUGCAUAAACACAGUGAACAUAAUGUAGGCCUACCUGUUAGGGUAACUUGGUCACCCAGGGUAACAUGCCCCUGCCUAUUCUCAUAGAAACCACUUGGAAAGGCACACACCUGUCUAUAUAAGGUCCCACAGUUGACAGUGCAUGUUGGAGCAAAAACCAAGCCAUGAGGUCGACGGAAUUGUCCGUAGAGCUCCGAGACAGGAUUGUGUCGAGGCACAGAUCUGGGGAAGGGUACCAAAACAUUUCUGCAGCAUUGAAGGUCCCCAAGAACACAGGGGCCUCCAUUCGUAAAUGGAAGAAGUUUGGAACCAGCAAGACUCGCCCUAGAGCUGGCUGCCCGGCCAAACUGAGCAAUCAGGGGAGAAGGGCCUUGGUCAGGGAGGUGACCAAAAACCCAAUGGUCACUCUGACAGAGCUCCAGAGUUUCUCUGUGGAAAUGGGAGAACCUUCCAGAAGGACAACCAUCUCUGCAGCACUCUGCCAAUCAGGCCUUUAUGGUAGAGUGGCCAGUCUGAAGCCACUCCUCAGUAAAAGGCACAUGACAGCCCGCUUGGAGUUUGCCAAAAGGCACCUAAAGGACUCUCAGACCAUCUGGUCUGAUGAAACCAAGAUUGAACUCUUUGGCCUGAAUGUCAAGCGUCACAUCUGGAGGAAACCUGGAGCCAUCCCUACAGUGAAGUGUGGUGGCAGCGUCAUGCUGUGGGAAUGUUUUUCGCUCCCCAUCCAACCUGACAACGCUUGAGGAUCUGCAGAGAAGAAUGGGAGAAACUCCCCAAAUACAAAUGUGCCAAGCUUGUAGCGUCAUACCCAAGAAGACUCAAGGCUGUAAUCGCUGCCAAAGGUGUUUCAACAAAGUACUGAGUAAAAGGUCUGAAUACUUAUGUAAAUGUUAUAUUUCUGUUUUUAUUUUUUUUAUAAAUUAGCAAUUUCUACGCCUAUUUUGGCUUUGUCAUUAUGGGGUAUUAUUUGUAGAUUGAUGAGGGGCAAAAAACGAUUGAAUCCAUUUUAGAAUAGGGCUGUAAAGUAACAAAGUGGAAAAAGUCAAGGGGGUCUGAAUACUUUCCGAAUGCACUGUUGUUCGUCACACUGAUAAAGGCUAUUGUAGCCGCAAAGUGUCGGUGCGUUUCUUAAAAUUCCUACUUUGCAUAAGCUUUAAACAAUAAAUACUUUAAUUUAUCCACUACAUGAAAGUGCCUUGAUUACUUCUGAAAAUGUCGUUGCACAAAUGUAUUUUCGGCAUUGUUUACUAUCCAGCAUCAACUAAUUUUUGUUCUAUUGUAUUUCAUCCCAUGAUCAAAGAGCACCUUAUGGUAUACAACUAUAACCAAAGAAGCACUCCUCUCCUGUGUCUCUACCACAUAGCCUAGUUGUAUUUCCCAUGCAUGUUUUAUUACACACAUAGCUACAUAACAGCUAUUCACCCAACUUCUAAACAACACCAAUUAUAUAAAGUGUCCAUAAUCACUCUUUACCAAGUUCCCAUGGUGACCAAGUGUCUACAGUAUCUCUUUAUCAGCUAACAUUUUACAUCAUCAAGCAUAAAUAAUGGAAAAGUAGGGAUGGAUCUAUAAUGAACAAGACCUGUGUAACCAUUGGUUACUACUACGCGAUAGCAUUCAACUGCUUUGAAAGCAAAAUAGCUGUCUGACUGACCGCAAAGAAUUCCUCAGACUAAUGAAAGGGACCUGUCAUAGUGAUCGUUCAUGCAAAGUUGGCUGCGAAAGGUUCUACAUGUGCUUCUGCUGUGCGGUUGGAGUGGCUUUGCCUUGUGGUGUUUCUGCUGGCGUCCGCUAAUCUGCUUCAGCACGCUCAGUGAGUACGGGGGGUCUAAGCCCUAGUUCAAACAGCUCUAUCACUGCACCGAACUGAGAAUACGUCACUUUCUCUUUGGAAGAGCGGGGAUAGAGUGCCGUCUGAAACCAUUAAGUGCGCCUCGUCUGACUUUUGACAAUUUUCGCAGCCUCUGCUGCAUAUUUAGCACAGUGCAAAUUAAGCAUACCACUGUUUCAUGCAGCAUGCCAGAGCGAGUAGUUCUUCCACUGUCGGGAGAAAUGUUAAUGCAUAUUAAUUUUAAUUGCAUGCAAAUAAAGAUUGCUUCGCUGUCACACACACACACACAACGGAAGCACAUUCAUGGUCUCGGAUUCACAGGUGGAGGACUUCUGUGAGAGGUCACUGUUAUGCCUGAAAACCUUAGACCCAAAACCAACAAGGAAGUCUGCUGCAGUGUUGAGCGGUUAUAUGAGACCAAUCAGUACGUCAAGCAAAGAUCUUAACCGUGCCAGCCCGCUCUUAAUUUCCAUUCAGUUCUACUUGCCAUAAGUUCAGCGUCUGAACUGUGCGUUACACAAAGCCAAAGCUUAUUGGUGCAUCCCUACAAUGAAAUCCCACAACGAGAUUGUGAAACAGAAAUUCUGGGUUUGUAUUAGGACAAAGUGGAGGCAAUAUUGAUGUUUCUUCUCUGGUUCUUUAUGUAUUUUUAAGCUUCUAUUUUUUUCCUUUGACUAACACAUUUGUUGUGAUUUGAGUACAUUUUCUAGUACUGAUUGACACCUGUUUUUAUUUAGGACUUACCAGACACAAUUGACUGCUCCAUCCCUCAAGCUACAGAAGCAAUCACACCUGAGGAGAGGGAGGAGCUGAAGGUUUCAGGUAAGUUUUACUGGUACUUAUGGCUUUUAUGACAAUGGACAUAGUGAUGUAAUGAGACCAUAGUGUGGCAUUGACAUGAGGAAUUCUGAGCUCAGUAUGUGAAUUUGAUGACAAAUACCUUUCCUGGUACAUUUACAUUUUAGUCAUUUAGCAGACGCUCUUAACCAGAGCGAUUUACAGUUAGUGAGUGCAUACAUUAUUAUUUUAUUUUUCAUACUGCCCCCCCCCCCGUGGGAAUCGAACCCACAACCCUGGCGUUGCAAACCUUGACGAGGGGUUGCUUUUGUCAUGAACAUGUCCAUAUUCUUGCUUUACAGUCAAACUAUUUCUUUGUGAGGCAGACAUCUCUUCAAUCAAAGAUGCAGUAGAUAAGGGUGAGUAUUACAUUUGUUACAAAUAAGCAAAGGACCACAUUGACUCUGUGACUGCCAAAAGUCAUUUGACAUAGGCGAUCGUCUAUAAACCUGACCAUGCUGUCAUAUCAAAAUUCAACAGACCGAAGUAGACGUUAGUAUCAGUGAACUGCUGUCUGUUCCUGGACCACACCCAAUUAAUGUUUGCAUUACCUCAACCGAUUUUGUGCUUUAAGUUUCAUGCUCAUAAGAUGGACUGUUUCCGACAGCUUGCCAGGCCCUGGCUGUGUCCCAGCUGGACUCUGUGAUCAUUGCGCCCCCUGCUCUGCCUGAGGGAGAGAGCCAGACCCUGGACAACCUGCAGCCUGCCUGGAGGGAGCUGGAGGGCCUGGUGCAGAGCCACAAGAUCGCUGCCAUCGGCACCUCCGACCUGGACAAGGAGCUCCUGGAGCAGCUCUACAACUGGGCCCAUGUGAGUGGUGAUGUUGACGAGACCCGUCAGAUUGUUCUAGAACAGCUUUGGUGUAUUUUGGGUUUUGAAUAGUUUUAUUUGAUCCUGGUCUAGGUGAAACCCAGUAGUAACCAGGUGAAUCUGGCCUCCUGCUGUGUGAUGCCCCCUGACUUGACUGCUUUUGCGAAGGAGUUUGACAUUCAGCUACUGACUCAUAAUGACCCCAAAGGUGAAGAUUGUGCUCUUGCAUUUGAAUUUGUGAUCUUUUCACUAUUUUUAUUCAUUAUUUUACAUGAGUAAGGUACAGACCGGAUGUGCGUGUGCUCUGAGGGGCAGUGAAUUAACACAUUGUCUCUUUUCCUAUAGAACUGAUUACUGCUGCCAGCUUCCAGGAGGCAGUGCAGGAGAGCACUCAGGACCUGAAGGUAGCAGACUGGAGAUUGGAGUGGGUUUUGCGCUACUCCAUCAUAGUCAAAAGCAGGGGGAUCAUCAAAGCAAAGGGCUACCUUGUUCACGCAAAGAGAAGCAGCCUGUAGCAUGUCCUCCAAAAACCAGUUCAGAUGUUAUUCAUGACCAAUGCAUUCAUAGUAGUGAAACCACUUACCCUUCUGCAUUGCAGUGGAGGCUGUGUUUUAAAGACAGACAUGGGUAGCUAAACAUUUAGAAAACAUGGUUCCAAAACCGAUUUCCGAAUGUGAAGUGCCUCUUUUUCUCAGUUUAUUUUCUCCCUGCAUCUACUUUAUUUCUGCUGUAUCAAUGAGCAUCAAGGAUUAUGGGGUAUUAUGAAAAAAGUAUGAAUUGGUACCACAGAAUUUUUAUUUUAAUACAAUGCAGUUGUACUAAAAAAAGCAGUUUAAAGUGGAAACACAGCCUCUAAUCCACUAUUUUCACAUUGUAAAUUGAUGAGAAAAUUAAUUUGAAAUGAGUCAUUUGGAUCUGUUAAAGCCACAGAGUCAUAUAUAAAGUCCUAGUGCUCUCUGAUGUGUAUGAGCAGCUCCUACUGUUUCUACUGUAUAAUACUAGCACCCUGUAUUGGUAAUGGGGGGGGGGGGAAUAAGGCCUAAUUCCAAUCGAUUUCUGGUGAGUGAGAACAAUUAUGGUUAGUUCAGAAACUCCUUUUGAUUGAGUGUACACAUUUUAUUUUUUAAAAACAAAAAAUCGAGUGAUACUUUAUUGAUGUUAGUAUUGUCAUGUCAAACAUUUUAAUAUAAUUUUUUAAGCCCCGUACUUACUGACUGAGGGUGUACUAGGGGAGUGGUUCCCAAACUGUGGGGUGCGCCACCUAGGGUUUAAAUUUGUAGGCUUGACACCUUUUCUUGUGUACAUAAUAGCACUGAAAAAUUCCAGAUUGGCAUGGGAAAAUGUAUUACAAGCUCUGAAGUGUCUGGAUGGAUGAUGCCUUAUUCAUCAUGGCAUUUCUUCCAGGCCGGGUCCAAAAAGUUUGAUUUCUCUCUUGUACUGUAAUUAAUAUUUAAUGUUGCCAUUUUCUGUAUAUCAUGUUCUGGAAUUGGGUUUAUGAAAUGAUUAAACAUACUUUAAGUGUUACA